AGGCGUUGUGUAAUGUGGAAUCUUCACUGUUAUUAAACUGACUUUAGGGCUGUAAGGCAGGUUACAGCCCAUGCAAAGCCAAGGUGUAAAGUGCGCUUGUUGCUCUGAUUUGAGCUUGCUUGACGUUUGAAAGGGGAAACCACAAUUUGCAACAUCCAUACAAAGAUGUUCGCAAAAGCUGUAAUACUACCUGUCAGGAGUUACCUUAGGACGGCAAAUAUCGUCCCCUUGAGGCAUUUGUAUUGCACUCACCUGAAAUCGUCAAGCGUAAGGGUGCUGUACGAUGGUGAGUGCCCGGUUUGCGUGAAAGAGAUCAAUUUUCUGCAGUUCCUGCAGAAGAACCGAGCAGAGAAAGUGGACUUUGUGGAUAUAUCUCUUCAAGAUUACGAUGGAGCCUGCUAUGGCGGGAUCAGCUACGAGAAGGCGAUGGAGGAAAUGCAUGUGAUCGAUGAACAUGAUCAGGUGCAUGUGGGCGUCCCGGCCUUCAACGUGAUGUACACGGCGGUGGGGCUGGGCUGGGUGGGGCGCUUCAUCUCGUGGCCUUACGUCCGGCCCCUGAUGGACCAAGCCUACGCCGUCUUCGCCAGAAACCGCCUGCGCUGGACCGGCCGAGAGGAGUGCACGACCGGACGCUGCGCGAAAAAGAACGAUUAAGGGACAACAGAAUGAUGCCGAGGAAGAGGAAGAGGAAGAUGAAGAGGGAGAGGAAGAGG